UAGCGUAAGCACGCGCAAUCAGGGCACACUUGCUUCCAUUAGAUUGUGAAGAAAAACUCAAGCUUACUAAUUUGCGGCCAGAUUUGGUGAACGAUUAUUGGUUGGUACUUCAUAGUGGAAUUUGUGCAGCUUAGGGUUGUUUUCUGCUUAUACUCAGAAGGAAUAAACACAUAGCUGUGAUGGUUGCAGAUUACUAUUUUCCUCCUUGGUUUAGUGUGGCUCCAAUGAUGGAGUGGACAGAUCAUCACUAUAGGACUCUUGCACGCCUCAUUUCAAAACAUGCUUGGCUGUACACUGAGAUGCUUGCAGCUGAAACAAUUGUUUACCAAAAGGGAAAUCUGGACAGAUUCUUGGCGUAUUCUCCAGAUCAACAUCCUAUUGUGCUUCAAAUUGGAGGGAGUAAUUUAGAAAAUUUGGCAAAAGCAACCGAACUUGCUAAUGCUUACUGCUAUGAUGAGAUUAACUUCAACUGUGGAUGCCCCAGUCCUAGAGUAGCUGGACAUGGAUGCUUUGGGGCACGUCUUAUGCUUGAUCCAAAGUUUGUUGCUGAGGCUACUUCAGUAAUUGCUGCCAAUACAAAUGUACCAGUUAGUGUCAAAUGUCGAAUCGGCGUGGAUGAUCAUGAUUCUUACAAUGAAUUGUGUGAUUUUAUUUACAAGGUUUCUUCUCUAUCACCUACUAAGCAUUUCAUAAUUCACUCAAGGAAGGCACUACUUAAUGGCAUUAGCCCAGCUGAAAAUCGGAGUAUUCCUCCACUGAAAUAUGAAUACUUUUAUGGCCUUGUACGCGACUUUCCUAACUUAACAUUUACAAUUAAUGGUGGUAUUACUAGCAUUGAUGAGAUUAAUGCAGCUCGAAAGGCUGGGGCUCAUGGUGUUAUGGUUGGGCGUGCAGCAUACAAUAACCCUUGGCAUAUUUUGGGACACGUUGAUACUGCAAUUUAUGGUGCACCAAGCAGUGGUCUUACACGUCGGCAGGUCCUUGAGAAAUAUCAAGCAUAUGGGAACUCAGUGUUGCAACAAUAUGGACUCCGACCAACUGUGCGAGAUAUUGUGAGGCCUUUAUUCAGCUUUUUUCAUUCUGAGCCUCGGAAUGGAAUUUGGAAGCGCAAAGCAGAUUCUGUUCUCCUAACUUGCACGACAGUUAAAUCAUUUUUUGAAGAAUCCCUUGUUACAAUUCCUGACUCAGUCUUGGAUUCACCUGUUACGGGACCACGAUCUGGCCGUGGAGAUCUUUUUGCCAACAUAGACAGUUUGUUGCCUCCGCCAUACAGAGCAAGAGAAGAGGAUGCUACACAUGCCCAGGCUCAUGUGUACUCUACAAAUCCAAGUCUUGAGUUGUAGCUACUUCACUGAAAUUCAAUUUUUAUUCACUGCCAGUUUUUGAAAAAUGAAGUGAUAGGUCUCAUGUAAUGUAAUGGCAAAACAUUAAUAAUAUAUAAAAAUUUAUCAGUUAUCUAUUGUAUGUGAUUGACUUUGAAAUGU